UGCCGGUGGGGCACCGCGGGGCGGGGCGGGGCGGCCAUGUCGGAGGUGACGGCGGGGAUGGCGGCGGCGAUGAUGGAGGCGCGACUGCGGCGAAAGCAGCUGCUGAGCGCGGAAGAGGCGGAGCUGUUCGAGUUGGCGCAGGCGGCGGGCAGCGGACUGGACCCGGAGGUGUUCCGGGUGCUGUUGGACCUGCUGCGCAUGAACGUGGCGCCGCUCGCCGUCUUCCAGGUGCUCAAGUCCAUGUGCGCUGGGCAGCGGCUGGCGCCGGCAGCCGACACUGGACCAGCCGCUGCACCGGCGCCGCUGGCCGCCGACACCCGAGAGCCCCCUGAGAACGGCUGGGCCUCCGCCGCCCACCUCCCUGUCUCUGCCCUGCGGCCGCCGCGGCUCGGAGCCCGCUCGCCGCUCUCCCGCGGCGCCCCCGCCGCCUCCCUGCUGCCCCGCGGCCUCCCCGCGGCGCCCGCCGGCCGCGCCGCCCGCCCCACCGCGGGGAGGGGGCCGCGGAGCGGACGGCAGGGCCCAAGGGUGGGCUCGGCAGGACCCCGAGGGGCCCGCUCGGUGUGAGCCCUGGGGCUGGGGCCGGGCCUGGCGGGGACUUGCUCGCGGUCCCGAGGAGAGGCAACUCAGCCCCCGCCAGCUCGGGUCGCUGCGCCCCAGACUGCUGCCCGCACCCUGCGCUCUGCGGUUUCGUUCGCGUCGGGCAGCGGAGGGGCGGGUGUGGGCAGCGGUGCGGUGCUGAGGGAGAAGCUGCCGCGGGCGCUCCCGCUGGGUUCUGCACCCUCUCUCCUUUGCUCUCCGAGCCUUUAACGCGCAGCUCUCAGUGCACGGUGUCACACCGUGCUCCUUCGCCUGGCCUGACUCAAAGACAGGUAAAGUUCUGGGUAGGGGAGGAAUUCCCCCAGAAAGAGAGAGCCACGCUUCCUCCGCUCCGCCUGCGCUCUGCUGCUCUGCCGCUGGGUGGCAUUUAGGUGGAAAGUGAGAUGGGAGGCUGAGUGGGGUUGUCAGCUACCACAACUGCUUUUGAAUGCCAUUGUCCUCUGAUGUGGAUGGGCAGUUACAAAUGUAGCCCUGCAGCUGUGCCACACGUAUGUGAUUUUAUUCCUGACCACUUCUAAUAAAACUUCUGUUUACUCCCUGAA